AUGGUCAAGGGUGGGGAAGGGGGGAGGUUUGGUAUGGAUAACCCGCCGGGGACGAGGUCGGAGCAGACAGGUGGAGUGGGAGAGAUGUUCGAGUUCGUCGGUGAGGACCAUUUCGGGAACUCGAGCUCCUCCUCGAUAGGCGGCUUCAUGGAGCUGCUGGGCCUCUCUCCCUCCUUGUUCGAGCUCCCGAUUUCUCCGCCGCUGCCACUUUCAGAGUCCCUGGACACGCUGCUCUCUUCGUCACCGGAAUUUUCCGACAAGAUGGAUCCCCCACCGACACCCAGCGACGCCGACCAGCCUAAAUCCGCAGUCACAACGGAAGCAGACGAGGAGGAAGAGGAGGAAGAGGAGGAUGAUGAGGAAGAAGAGAAGGAGACGAAGAAGUUGAAGCAGACGUUAGCUUGGAACCCCCUCUCUCUCUCUGAAUCUCUAUUUCCCCCUUGAAACCAGGAGAAAUAUUAAGCGAAUUAUCUCAAAAAGGAAUCUUGUUCGUGAUUGCUGACCAGAUCGCGGGGGACUAAGAAGAGGAAGAAUGCGAAGAACGGGCGGCAGGAGCCAAGAUUCGCCUUCAUGACCAAGAGUGACGUGGACAAUCUCGAUGACGGGUACCGGUGGCGCAAGUACGGCCAGAAGGCCGUCAAGAACGGGCCUUUCCCGAGGUAAGCUCUGAUCCCCGCCGCCACCGUUGUCUGCUUCCGCCGUCGUCUCUCUGAAACGGAGUGAGACGCAGGAGCUACUACCGUUGCACCACCGCCCUGUGUGGGGUGAAGAAGAGGGUGGAGAGGUCAGCGGAGGAUCCCAGCGUGGUGGUGACGACCUACGAGGGGCAGCACACCCACCCCACUCCCAUCGGCCCCCGCUGCGGCGGCGGCGGCGCCCACCACUUCUGCCCGUUGUCCCUCGUCGGAGCUCCGCCGUUGACACCGCUCGCCGGCGUCUCUGCAUUCUCCUACCCUCUGCAGAGAUCUCAACCGCCCUUCAGCAACAACCUGACGCCGCCGUCUCUCGCCCUCUCCCCUGUCGGCGGCCUGACUGAUCGGUCCUCGGUGUUCGUCAGGGACAGGGGUCUGCUGCAGGAUCUGGUUUCCCUUGAUUCUGUGAAGAGAGAGUAG